CGUUAACGCUGACUGCCGUCUAACACUAACAACAAAAACUGGACUCUGUUUCCGGGUCGUAAAAAUGGCACAAGGUAAACAGAAGUUCAAGGCGCAGCGCCCCGGCGCAUCUAAGAAGCAGCAACAAAACAAGCAGAAAGGACCCAAAAAAGGAGGGAGGAUCAUUGCUCCUAAAAAGGUGCAGGUGGUUCAGCAACAGAAGCUUAAGAAGAAUCUGGAGGUUGCCAUCAGGAACAAGAUCGAGCAGGAGGUGACCCAGAAAGCCAGCUCCUCCCUCCACAAGCGGCUGAGCGUGCUCAAGAUGCCGGAAGGUAAAGACACGGCAGGAGCCGCCCGUCCUGGAGCCAGCUCCACGUAGGAGCAGACACACGGCGCCCGGCAGAGUCAGGCGAAUGCUAGUGCAACACAAAGCUGCCAAACUCUAAAUGAGUCAAGAGCUUCAUUACCUGCAUAAUAAUCCCAAGACGAUGUUGAUCUUCUGGAAAUAUUAUGUAGCACUGCAGAAGCCUCCACUAGGGGGCGCCACAUGGCUUAAAGAAACCCGAUGCAGUCUCUCACUUGUUUGCUUGCUCUCAACAACAUAGAGGUUCUUACUGAAGAGAAACUCUAUUUUGAUUGAUUACUUAUGUAUGAUGCUUUUUUGUUCAACUUUUUAAAAAGAUUUUUGUCAGUGUGUUUUAUGGUAUUGACAUCACUGUACAGAAUGCAACAAAUAAUGUGAGUAAAAGUGGGAGAAAAAUAAGUUUGCCAGUUUCUUUGGCUUUUGACCAUAUGUGCUGCUGAAGGGCUGGACUUGUCUCAAAUGUGAUACUCAGCUUGCUUUGUUGAUCCAGGGUUUUCCAAUUCAGCAUGACCUUAACAAACAUAAUCACAUGCAAUAUGGACAGAUGUGAUCAGGCUUUAUUGAUCACCAUGAGCAUUUGAGGUCAUUGCAGCUGCGAAAGUAAAAGGAUUCAGUGAAAAAACAUGGAAUAAGUACACAACUAGAAUAUAAUAUUAAGCAAAAAAAAGAAACAAAGUCCUCUGUUUGAACAUCUCGGUUUUCUCAAAGCUUAAAACUUGUCUGCUUGUCUUUAU